CGCUCUGAGCUCCUCAUUCCACGAGCGGUACGUGGUAAUUGAAAGAUCUCUUUUGUGUUACAACUGUGUUACCAAAAUGGGGACCAACACUGUCCUCAAACUAGUCUGUUUUAUUUUUAUGGUUGAAAUCAUCCACCAGUCAUCGGCGAGACCAUCGAUACGUGCCGAUAACUGUGGCUACCAGACUUGUCCUCUGGAAAAGGAAGGAUUCAUCAACGUUCAUCUCGUAGCUCACACACACGACGAUGCUGGCUGGUUAAAAACUGUCGAUCAGUACUAUUAUGGAGCUCGGAACCAAAUUCAAGAAGCCGGAGUCCAGUACAUUAUUGAUUCGGUGGUAGAUGAACUGAAAGACCAUCCUGAUCGUCGAUUUAUUUACGUGGAAAUGGCAUUUUUCUCAAGAUGGUGGGAAGAGCAAAACGAUGCCACCAAGAACAUUGUACGAGACUUGGUAAAUCAAGGUCGAUUGGAGUUCAUCAACGGUGGCUGGUGCAUGAAUGAUGAAGCCACAGCUUAUUACGUGGACAUCAUUGAUCAAAUGUCUCUUGGCUUGAUUGCUCUGAACGAUACUUUUGGUGAAUGUGGACGUCCCCGGAUCGCCUGGCAGAUAGAUCCUUUCGGCCAUUCAAGGGAACAGGCCAACCUGUUUGCUGAAAUGGGUUAUGAUGGAUUGUUCUUUGGACGACUGGAUCACGAAGACAAAAAAGAGCGAACAUCCAAAAGGACCAUGGAAAUGAUUUGGAAAGCGAGUAACUCUCUAGUCAAUCAAAGCUCGUUGUUUACUGCCGUGAAUUACAACUUGUACCAGCCACCGCCUGGUUUCUGUUUUGAUAUUUACUGCAACGACGAACCAAUUAUUGAUGAUCCUAAAUCCAAAGAUUACAACGUCGAAAAGAGGGUUACCGACUUUCUCAACUACUGCCAACAACAAGCCAAUGCGUAUGCCACAGAUUCUAUCCUUUUGACAAUGGGAAGCGAUUUUCAUUACCAAGAUGCUAACGUUUGGUUUAAGAACAUGGAUAAGCUUAUCAAGUACGCGAACGCUCGUCAGACGGAAGGCAGCCGCUUUAACCUGUUCUACUCGACUCCAAGCUGUUACACGAAGGCGUUAAACGAUCACGCAAUCACAUGGCCAACCAAGACGGACGACUUUUUCCCGUAUGGCAGUGAUUCGCACGCUUAUUGGACCGGAUAUUUCACAUCUCGUCCAGCUUCUAAAUACAUGAUUCGACAAGCCAGCAACCUUUUGCAAAGUUGCAAACAAAUGGAUGCCACUCUAGCUAGGCAAGGUGCUACCAAUGCAGGUGAUAUUUUCACGAUGAAAGACGCCAUGGGAAUCAUGCAACAUCACGACGCUGUGACGGGCACUGAGAAGCAACACGUCGCCGAAGACUACGCCCUCCUACUUCAUAAGGGAGUCGAGGAAUGUCGAAAAACACAGACUUCCUAUUUCGAAAAGGAGCUUGUGCGUGGUGAUACACCGCUUCCAAAAAUGUCCUUCUGCCAACUAAACAUUAGCCAAUGCGAGCCAUCAGAGACGAACAAUCAAUUCGUAAUUAACGUCUACAAUUCUAUGUCACUUGUAGUUGACAGAUACGUACGUGUUCCACUGCCCUCCGGAAUCAAUUUCGAAGUUCGCGAUACGUUAGGGAAUACUAUGCCAUCGCAAAUGAUUCCAAUUGCGGAAUCCAUCAAAGCUCUUCCGGGUAGAGUAAGCACCGCUACACGAGAACUCGUUUUCCUCGCUAGAUAUUUACCUCCACUUGGAAGCAAAUCUUAUUUCGUCCUACCAGUGGGCAGUGGUGAUGCUGAAACAAGAGAACAAGACAACAAAUUUUCCAUUUCUAACGAGAAAGUCAGCGUAGAAAUCGACGAUGUAACUGGGCUUAUCAAAUCCGUAACAGUCAACGGCAAAACGACUCCACUCAAGCAAGAAUUCUUGUGGUACGCUAGUAAAAGUGGAGACAAUUCACAAGCUGAGAAACGUGCAUCCGGCGCUUAUAUUUUCCGCCCGGAAGGCAAUGAUCCAUCGGCAAUUCCCAGUAUCGGUGUCAAAACUACAACAUACUUGGGUGAACUCGUCCAGGAAAUCCAUCAAGUUUAUAAUCCCUGGGUGUCUCAGACUAUUCGCGUAUACAAAGGGCAAGAACAUGUUGAACUGGAUUGGGUUGUUGGGCCUAUUCCUGUUGAGGAUGGAAUCGGAAAGGAGAUUAUCAGCCGCAUUUCGACUGACAUAGCCAGUAAAGCAACUUUCUACACCGAUGCAAAUGGACGUCAAACUCUCCAACGAGUUCGUGACGUUCGUGAAUCCUAUCCUUACACCGUUACCGAGCCAACAGCAGCCAAUUACUAUCCUGUUAAUUCUCACAUCUUCCUUAAAGAUUCAGUCGGCAAUCAAAUGACCGUGUUGGUCGAUCGGCCACAAGGCGGGUCUAGUCUUCACGAUGGAGAGCUAGAAUUAAUGGUGCAUCGACGUUGCCUAUAUGAUGACGCUUUCGGUGUGGGAGAGGCACUGAACGAAACGGCUUACGGCACGGGUUUGGUUGUACGCGGUACCCAUUACCUAAUUCUUGGAGACGGUACAAAUUCGAUGAAAUUGACGCGUUCGCUGAGUCACGAGCUCUACAAGCAGCCUCAAAUUUCAUUUAUCCCUUCAACGCUUUCUUUUCUCGAAUGGUCAGCUCUCUACAGAACGGAGCAACAAUCGAUCAGCCGAACUUUACCAAACAAUGUUAACUUGUUGACAUUGGAAACGCUAGCUGGAGGUAAAUAUUUGAUAAGAUUGGAGCACAUUUACGAUGUUGGUGAGGACCCCAUUUUGUCACAGUCUGUCACCGUAUCACUCGAGGGUUUGUUUCCUGGCUUUACCAUUGUAUCGGCGGAAGAGACUAUGCUGGGCGGUAAUCAGUUCAAGAAGGAUUCCAACAGGUUGAUUUGGAACGCUGCAUCCACUGGAAGCAAGGCCGACCAGCAAAUGGGGGAGGAGCGUAUUGCGGCUGUGCUACUCCGUCCAAUGGAAAUUCGCUCGUAUAUACUUACUUUGGUUCGCAACAGUUAGAAAUUCUAUCGCGUUCACAGCAGUGCCGUAUGGCAUCAAACUAUAAAUU